GAUACUCGUUCACAUCUCACCGGUGGUGCGUCGUCUGUUUGCGGCUCGCGGAGAAGAUGGCGGCGCGUAGUGGUUUUCAGCCUGCGACACCCGGAGGCGGCGGAGCCCCGAUGGGACCCGGGCCGCCGGUAGCUGGUGCAGGGCCCGGUAUGGGUCCCGGUACGCCCUCGGGACGGAUGGGACCCGGCGGCCCGAAGGUGUACCGUUGAUAAAUAUCGAUACCGUUUUAUCCAAGACCAGGAAUGCCUCCAGCCAAUCGAAUGACCCCUCAGGGACCCUCCAUGGGACCCCCAGGUUACGGGGCUAGUCCAGUGUCCCGCCCCGGUAUGCCGGUCAUGGACCCGUCCCGCAAGCGACCGCCGCCAAAUCAGAUCCAACAGGUCCAGCAACAGAAUCGCAACCAACAUGCCAAGAAGAAGAAAAUGGCAGAUAAAAUCCUACCUCAGAGAAUCAGAGAGCUUGUUCCCGAGUCUCAGGCGUACAUGGACCUGCUAGCGUUUGAGAGAAAGCUCGACCAGACCAUCAUGCGCAAAAGACUUGAUAUUCAGGAAGCUCUCAAAAGACCCAUCAAGCAAAAAAGAAAACUUCGGAUAUUUAUCUCCAACACCUUCAACCCUGCCAAACCAGAUGCAGAGGAUGGUGAAGGAACCGUUGCAUCUUGGGAGUUGCGUGUGGAGGGACGACUUCUUGAAGACAAUGCUGUGUCCAAGUAUGAAGCCACCAAGCAGAAGAGGAAGUUUUCUUCUUUUUUCAAGUCUUUAGUGAUCGAGUUGGACAAAGACUUAUAUGGGCCUGACAAUCAUUUGGUGGAGUGGCACCGAACAGCCACGACUCAGGAGACUGAUGGAUUUCAGGUGAAGAGGCCUGGAGAUGUUGGCGUCCGUUGCACUGUGCUGCUCAUGCUGGACUACCAGCCUCCUCAGUUUAAGUUGGACCCCAGACUUGCCCGGUUGCUGGGGAUCCACACUCAAACGCGGCCCGUGAUCAUUCAGGCUCUGUGGCAGUACGUGAAGACCCACAAACUCCAGGACCCUCAUGAACGAGAGUUCAUUAACUGUGAUAAAUACCUCCAGCAGAUCUUUGAAACACAGAGGAUGAAGUUUUCUGAGAUUCCUCAACGGCUGCAUGCACUACUGAUGCCCCCCGAGCCAAUCAUCAUCAACCAUGUCAUAAGCGUGGACCCAAACGACCAGAAGAAGACUGCGUGCUAUGAUAUAGACGUGGAGGUGGACGACACCCUGAAGACCCAGAUGAACUCUUUCCUGCUUUCCACGGCCAGUCAGCAAGAGAUUGCAGGCCUUGACAACAAGAUUCAUGAGACCAUCGAAACCAUUAACCACCUGAAGACUCAAAGGGAGUUCAUGUUGAGCUUCGCACGAGACCCGCAGGGCUUCAUCAACGACUGGCUCCAGUCACAGUGCCGAGACUUGAAGACCAUGACAGAUGUGGUUGGAAACCCGGAGGAGGAGAGAAGAGCCGAGUUCUACUACCAACCCUGGGCUCAGGAGGCUGUGUGCCGAUAUUUCUAUUCAAAGGUUCAGCAAAGGAGACAGGAGCUGGAACAGGCUCUUGGCAUUCGAAACACAUAAGCAAGCUCACGGCCGUUAUGACACAGGACCAGAGGGGGUUCUGGGUAGCAAAUGUGUCCUACUGCUCUGUGCUGCAGAUGCUGAUCACUACAGUUAUAUUACAGUUUAUCUUGUGCUGUCCUGCUGUAGCUGCCCAGGAAUGACCCUUAUA